CAUAAGCAUAUUGAAAAAUGACUGGUCGUGGUAAAGGUGGCAAAGGCUUGGGUAAGGGAGGCGCUAAGCGUCAUCGCAAGGUUCUGCGUGAUAACAUCCAGGGUAUCACGAAGCCCGCUAUCCGCCGUUUGGCUCGUCGUGGCGGUGUAAAACGUAUCUCCGGACUCAUCUACGAGGAGACUCGUGGAGUGCUGAAGGUGUUUUUGGAAAACGUUAUCCGUGAUGCCGUCACCUACACCGAACACGCCAAGAGGAAGACAGUCACAGCCAUGGAUGUUGUGUAUGCUCUGAAGAGGCAAGGCCGCACGCUGUACGGCUUCGGCGGUACUAGUGGAAAGGCAGCCAAAAAGGCUGGAAAAGCUCAGAAGAACAUCACCAAGACCGACAAGAAGAAGAAGCGCAAGAGGAAGGAGAGCUAUGCCAUCUAUAUUUACAAAGUUCUGAAGCAAGUCCACCCUGACACUGGUAUUUCGUCGAAAGCGAUGAGCAUCAUGAACAGCUUUGUCAAUGACAUCUUCGAGCGCAUUGCCGCCGAGGCGUCUCGCUUGGCUCAUUACAACAAGCGUUCGACCAUCACCAGUCGGGAAAUCCAAACUGCUGUGCGCCUGCUGCUGCCGGGAGAGUUGGCCAAGCACGCUGUUAGUGAGGGAACCAAGGCUGUCACCAAGUACACCAGCUCCAAAAUGACUGGUCGUGGUAAAGGUGGCAAAGGCUUGGGUAAGGGAGGCGCUAAGCGUCAUCGCAAGGUUCUGCGCGAUAACAUCCAGGGUAUCACGAAGCCCGCUAUCCGCCGUUUGGCUCGUCGUGGCGGUGUAAAACGUAUCUCCGGACUCAUCUACGAGGAGACUCGUGGAGUGCUGAAGGUGUUUUUGGAAAACGUUAUCCGUGAUGCCGUCACCUACACCGAACACGCCAAGAGGAAGACAGUCACAGCCAUGGAUGUGGUGUAUGCUCUGAAGAGACAAGGUCGCACGCUGUACGGUUUCGGCGGUUAAGAAACUGUGUACAGUCUGCUGUUUGAAAGUAUCCAGAAAGUAAACAAUCGGUCCUUUUCAGGACCACA